AUGUAUUCGGGAGACGAGCAUAGCGUUCUUUACGAUGGUUCCAAUUAUUCGGUCGACUCCGGGGAUACCCUGGUGAGCCCUUACACGUAUACCUACGUGGGCAGGAGUAAGACGCCCGUGAUGAUGAACAAGACUCAAAAGAGAGCUGAAGUAUCUGAAAAAUGGAUGAAACUUCUGGUUUCAGAUGUGGAUGCGUCUGAGCUAGAUGACAUCAUCUAUAAUAGCGCGGUUUCCCACCGUUGCAUAGAUACCCUUGGUAGGGUUCUGCGUAGCAUGACCGGCAGAUCCCAAAUCACGGGUGAACUAGCAAUGUUUCAAGAAGCCUGGGACUUGAAAUGUUACGAGGGCCAUGAGUUGGAUUUUCCCUUACUUAAUAUUCCAAUUAAAGUUAACAUCCUUUCGACCCUCGUCAGCAUUCUUGCUGACUACAGAAAUUCUCAGUACAAAAUGUCACUGGAACAGCUCACUACCGUCCUGCAGUAUCUCAACAAGCUAAUACAGGCAUCCAAUCUCGACGGAGGGUUAAGCCAGCAGCGUUCCCUUCCGGAUCUAGACUACUUUGAUGUCCAAUCCAGACCCAGCAGAGAGUAUGCCCCCUCAAAGACCUCAGUCGACAACAGUCAAAUCACAUCCCUACCCAGAAGCCGUACUCUUUCCUCGGAUAACCAAUCCACCAAGGCACCCCCAACGGACAGUUUAGACGGUGCCUCUGUCUACAGCGACCACAGCAUAGCCGUCUCCGUCCAAAAAGUCAAGAGGGGUCUUUUCAACAAGCUCAUGCCAAGAAGGAAGGCCAGUAACAUCAAGCAGCCGCCCAACUCAAACUCCCCGGCACCCUCCUCAGCAACCCCCCGUUUCCGUCACCUCUCAUCCUCCAUCAGAAGUCACAACAGACACAGCUCCUACACCCCUUCCUUCCACAGGAACAGCAUCGACCGUUACCAACUCCACACCGUCCAAAACGAUGCAAGCUUCAAGAAGCAGAAUCUCGAGAGCAUGGCCAAGUACCGCCACCUCAUCCACGCUCUCCACACCGAGCUGAGCAAGUUCGACCAAACCCAGAAAAACGACAUUCUUUUCUCCUUCGUCAACAAGAGCAUCAACACCUUCAUAGUCUACGACUGCAGAGCCCUGGUCUACGCGUCCGUCAACUCCAGACUGAUGGCCAAAAUCACGUGA